AAAAUAGGCGUAUGAAUAUUAGUUUCGCCUGUAAGUAUCAUGAGAAAGUGCCUUCGAUAUAAAAUAAAUCUGUGCGAAGGGACCUGUUGCCAUGGCUCUGUCGGAGUUGUAUACAAAGUAUAACAGGGUGUGGAUCCCUGACGCGGAACAUGUUUGGCAAUCUGCGGAGAUUCUGACAGAUUUCAAGCCUGGUGAGACUGUCCUGGAACUACAGCUGGAGGAUGGCACGGAGUUGCAGUAUCCUCUGGAAGGGGGUGAGAAGUUGCCACCCCUCCGUAACCCGGACAUCCUGGUGGGUGAGAAUGACCUCACAGCCCUCAGUUACCUUCACGAGCCGGCCGUGCUACACAACCUCAAAGUCAGAUUUGUCGAGUCCAAAAUCAUCUACACAUAUUGCGGAAUUAUCCUGGUGGCAGUCAAUCCAUACAAGCAGCUUCCCAUCUAUGGAGAUGCGGUCAUCCAUGCUUACUCUGGUCAAAACAUGGGCGACCUGGACCCUCAUAUAUUUGCUGUGGCUGAAGAGGCCUACAAACAAAUGGCCAGGAAUAACAAGAAUCAGUCCAUCAUUGUGAGCGGUGAGUCCGGGGCUGGAAAGACCGUAUCUGCUCGCUAUGCUAUGAGGUACUUCGCUGUGGUUAGCAAAUCUGGCAGCAAAACUCGGGUGGAGGACAAAGUUUUGGCAUCCAACCCGAUCACUGAGGCCAUUGGAAAUGCAAAAACAACCAGAAAUGACAACAGCAGUCGAUUUGGGAAGUACACUGAGAUCAGCUUCGACAAAAGAUACCAAAUCAUUGGUGCCAACAUGAGGACAUACCUUCUGGAAAAGUCAAGGGUGGUUUUUCAGUCAGAGAAUGAGAGGAAUUAUCACAUCUUCUACCAAAUGUGUGCAUGUGCAAAUCAGCCGGAGUUUAAAGGCUUAAGACUUUUGGCCGCAGACAAGUUUAAUUACACACGUUUGGGUGGUGAGACAGAGAUCGAAGGCGUGGAUGACCGCGCUGACAUGGCAGAAACACGCAGAACUUUCAGUCUACUGGGUCUUAAGGACAGUUUUCAGGCUGACGUGUUUAAGGUGCUCGCUGCGAUUCUGCAUUUGGGAAACGUGGUAAUCAAGGAGAACGGCUCUGAGAAAUCGUCCAUCGGUUUCAGAGACCCUCACUUGGCCAUAUUCUGUGAGCUGAUGGGCAUCAACAUGGACAACAUGAGCCGCUGGCUGUGUCACAGACGGAUAGUCCUGUCAGCAGAGACGGUGGUGAAACCACAACCCAAGGAACGUGCCAUCAACGCUCGUGAUGCACUUGCCAAACACAUCUAUGCCCAUCUUUUCAACUGGGUCAUCCACAAGAUCAACCAGGCACUAAUGAUCCCUGGGAAACAACAUUCAUUUAUUGGGGUGUUGGAUAUUUAUGGAUUUGAGACCUUUGACGUGAACAGUUUCGAGCAGUUCUGCAUCAACUACGCCAACGAGAAGCUGCAGCAGCAGUUCAACCUGCACGUGUUUAAACUGGAGCAGGAGGAGUACAUGAAAGAGGAUAUUCCCUGGACGCUGAUCGAUUUCUAUGACAAUCAGCCCGUUAUUGACCUCAUCGAGGCUAAGAUGGGCAUUCUGGACCUUUUGGAUGAGGAGUGUCUGUUCCUGCAGGGCACUGAUAAAAACUGGCUGCAAAAGCUGUACAAUUUUCUAGGCUCAAAGCCGCUGUUUGAGAAACCCCGAAUGUCUAAUGACUCUUUUGUGAUUCAGCAUUUUGCUGAUAAGGUAGAAUACCAGUGUAAAGGUUUUUUGGAGAAGAACAGAGACACACUUUAUGAAGAGCUGGUGGACAUCAUGCGUGCUACCAUGAUUUUAUGGACGUAUAUAGAGUUUUACAGCCGUUACAGUAUAUUGAUGAGCCAGUCGGAGCUGAAGCUGGGAGAGAAGAAGCAGACGUGCAAGACGGUUCUGCAGAGACUCAUUCCUGAUUCCAACCAGUACAAGUUCGGUCGGAGUAAGAUCUUCUUCCGGGCGGGACAGGUGGCGUACCUGGAGAAGCUGCCUUGCGUGAGCAUCCAGAAGCACGUGAGGGGCUGGAGGCAGAGGCGCAGGUUCCUGCACAUGAGACAAGCUGCCAUCACUAUCCAACAGUACGUGCGUGGAAAGAAACAGAUCAGACGCAGCAUAACAGCUCUGGCACUGAAGCAGGCCUGGGCCGCUGUGGUGAUCCAGAGACACUGUCGUGGGUAUCUGGUCCGGAGGAUUUACCAGCUCGUCCUGAGGGCUGCAGUCAUCAUACAGGCCUACACCAGAGGAUGGAUGGCCCGCAAGCGCUACAGAAAGAUGGUGGCAGAACACAAGGCUCUGGUUCUGCAGAAAUACGCUCGAGCUUGGCUGGUGCGCCGGCGCUUUCAAACCAUGCGACGGCUGGUCAUCAACGUGCAGCUCUCGUACCGAGUCCAGCAGCUGCGCAAGAAAAUAGAAGAGCAGAAUAAAGAGAACCUAGGCCUUAUGGAAAGACUCACCAGUUUGUCUAAUGCACGUGCUCAAGGACUAGAAAAGAUCCAGGUUCUGGAGGCGGAGCUUGGAAAGCUGACCAAUGAGAUGGCAGCUUUAGAGGAGAGGGCGAGAACAAAGUCUGAAGAGGCCAAUCAGACAAUCGGUCUGCUUCAGAGUGACAAAGAGAAACUUACUGAGGCGAAUAAGGCUUUGGAGCAGAAACUGAAAGAGACGACCCUGCAGAUGCAAGAUCAAUUUGAGGAUGUAAAGAGAAAACUGAUGGAGGAUUUAGAAAGAGAGGAGAGAUUCAGAAAGGUGGCGGAGCACAACAGUGAACUCCAGAAGGAAGACUCGGAUAAAGAGAUCGUAGUACUGAAAGAGGAAAGCCGUAGACUGAGAGAGGAGCGAAUCAGGCUCCAGACGCAAGUGGAGGAGGACGAGAAGAUCAAUGCAGAACUGCAGGAACAAGUGCUGCAGCUCACCAAACACGUCAAGGUCAUACCAGAUUUACGGAAAGAAAUCAACAGCCUGCAGAUGCAGCGAGCUGAAGCUGAUAAAACCACGAGAGCUCAGAAUCUACAAGCCAGGGCUAAGAUGAGUUUGAUCACGAGAUCACGAGAUGGUGAAGCUAAAGAGGAAAUUCUCAUCCAAAGACUUAAUGAAGAAGCCUUAAAUAAUGAUGAUGGAGCUGAUCUUCUCACUGCUUUUGACUCAAUGGAGAAAGCUGCUAAGGUGAUGGAAACUCAGCUGCGGGAGCAAAAGGACACUUGUAAGAGUCAGCAGGAAGCUCUGGUCUUCAAAAACGAACAUUUAAACAAAGAGAACGAGCAGCUUCAAGCUCUCUUUCAGGAGAAGAGCAACGUCAACCAAAGCAUCGGACAGGAAGUGGCCCGUCUCUCUGCUGAGAACAUGGUGAUUCCAGAACUGAAGCAGCAGGUCAUACCAGAUUUACGGAAAGAAAUCAACAGCCUGCAGAUGCAGCGAGCUGAAGCUGAUAAAACCACGAGAGCUCAGAAUCUACAAGCCAGGGCUAAGAUGAGUUUGAUCACGAGACAGCUGCUUGGUGAAGCUAAAGAGGAAAUUCUCAUCCAAAGACUUAAUGAAGAAGCCUUAAAUAAUGAUGAUGGAGCUGAUCUUCUCACUGCUUUUGACUCAAUGGAGAAAGCUGCUAAGGUGAUGGAAACUCAGCUGCGGGAGCAAAAGGACACUUGUAAGAGUCAGCAGGAAGCUCUGGUCUUCAAAAACGAACAUUUAAACAAAGAGAACGAGCAGCUUCAAGCUCUCUUUCAGGAGAAGAGCAACGUCAACCAAAGCAUCGGACAGGAAGUGGCCCGUCUCUCUGCUGAGAACAUGGUGAUUCCAGAACUGAAGCAGCAGGUGUCAGAAUUGAACCGCCACAAACAAGAGCUUGAGACCCAGUUACAAGAUCAGAGCGCUGAGAUGAGCGCAAAAAUAAAGGAGUUAUCAAACAAGCUUCAGCUCACUGUUGAAGAGGAGCAAUCGCAGCGCAGGCACCUAGAGGAGAAGAUAACAGAGAGCGAGAGGAGAAGAGAAGAGAUGGAGAGACAGAUGGCUGACCUCCAGGAGGAGAAUGAGCAGCUACAGAAAGCCCAGCUCUCAGAGAGUGAAGCCAAGAACAAACUCAGACAGGAGACAUCCCAUCUCACAGCUGAGAAUAUGGACUUUGAGGAGCAGCUAGACAUGAAGGACAGACUGAUAAAACGACUCCAAGACCAAAUCAAAGCAAUUCAUACACAUGCGACAGCCAAUCAGAAAGCAGCGCCGGCUGUGCCCAAAGAGUAUUUGGGCAUGUUGGAGUACAAGAAGGAGAAUGAAAGCAGGCUGAUCCGGACGCUUAUACUGGAGCUGAAACCUCGCGGUGUGGGUGUGCUAAUGAUCCCUGGUCUGGCUGCACAUCUCCUCUUCAUGUGUGUGAGACACGCUGAUUACCUCAAUGACGGAAACAAACUCAAGUCCCUCAUGAACGGCAUCAUCUCAGCCAUCAAAGAGGUCAUCACGAACCAACAGGAGAGUUUUGAAGUUCUGUCCUUCUGGCUCUCAAACACAUAUCACUUCCUCAACUGUCUCAAACAGUACAGCGGAGAUGAGGAGUUCAUGAAGCACAACACUCUUCGUCAGAACAAGAACUGCCUGAGGAACUUCGACCUGUCAGAGCACCGGCAGAUUCUCAGCGACCUCGCCAUCAACAUCUACCAUCAGUUCAUCAGCGUGAUGGAGGACGCGCUCUUUCCCAUGAUAAUCCCUGGGAUGUUGGAGCACGAGAGUCUCCAGGGAAUCUCCAGCAUGAAGCCCACCGGUUUCCGUAAGCGCUCGAACAGCGUGUACGAGGACGGCGGGGACCACAGUGGGUCGGAGCCGUUCAGUGUGACAGACAUCCUGCAGCAGCUCGACGCGUCCCACACCAGCAUGGCGCAGCAUGGCAUGGAGCCGCAGCUGCAGGGUCAGGUCAUAAGACAGCUGUUCUUCCUCAUCGGAGCCACGUCGGUGAACAGCAUUCUGCUCCGCAAGGACCUGUGCUCCUGCCGCAAGGGCAUGCAGAUCAGGUGUAACAUCAGUUAUCUAGAGGAGUGGCUGCGAGAGAAGGAUCUGCAGAGCAGCUGCGCCAUGGAAACGCUGGGGCCGCUCUCUCAGGUCGCCUGGCUUCUUCAGGUCAACAAGACCACAGAUGAAGACGCAGCCGAAAUCAAGCAGAGAUGCUCCGAGCUCUCUCCUGUGCAGAUUGUGAAAAUCCUUAACUCCUACACACCCAUUGAUGAUUUUGAAAAGCGUGUCACUCCGUCCUUUGUCCGCAAAGUGCAGGCGUUGCUGCAGGAGCGCGAGGGGUCGUCUCAGCUGAUGAUGGAUUCACAGUAUCGUUUCCAGGUCACCUUUCCCUUCUGCUCCUCACCACAAGCACUCGAACUCCUACAGGUGCCCAGCAACCUCCGUCUGGGCUUCGUCACUCGCAUUUGACCUUUAACCUCUGACCUUAGGAUCAGGAUGCGUCUGUGCUGACAUGAAUGCAUCAUGGGAACACUGCACAGUAGCUGAUUUGCUAAUAUAAACUCAUUAAUGCUUUUGUAUAUUUUUUGAUUUAUUUAUAAAGAUUUUAAUCACGUGUUCUCUAAAUUAGUAUUUUGAAUAACUACUGUUUAGAUUAUAACUCUUUUAGAUCAACUAAAAGCAAACACUGUAACAUACAUUUCAAUAUCACAAAGCAACCUCAAAUGCUCAGCUCCAUUUUGUAAAUCCUAAAUAAUUGUCACAAAUAGCUUUCCUUUGAAUUUUUUUAAUAAAUCUGAAAUAAAUCAAUAAACACAA